GAUUUCCUGUUUCUCCAUCUUAGGUCAUGCGGGGACAACGCGUCCCGCUUUUCAUGGUUUGGUGAUAUUUCUGGUAAGAAAACAAAACGGAUGGUGAAGAAGAGCUGAGUGCGGCGCAGAGCGGCCAUUUCCUGCUGAGGAUAAGUUGUGGGAUCAUCUGUGAACUCCAGCGUCCUGCUGGAUCUACAAGUUGACCUCACCACCAGUUCACCCAUCUCUCUGGUUGUGAAGAGGAGCGGUCUCCAUUAGAAGAAAUGGAGCAUCGAGGCAAAACGCUGGAGGCUGAUUUCAACCCCAAAGUCCUGCUGCAUAGAUUAGAUGCUCAGCAGAUGUUGCUGCUUAAAGAAGAUGCUCCUGAAGAACAUGGUCCAGGUCUUGACCUACAAGGUCCAGAGUCUCUCCCACCAACCAUGAAUGAGGAUGAUGAAGAGUUUCUCCUGUCUUCUCACCUUCAUCAGCACCACAGAGAGUUACCAGAAGAUCACUGUGAAGCAGCAGAACCUAUCAGGAGUCAAGAUCAUGGAGAUUAUUCCAACUCAUCAGAGACUGAACUCAUUGAGGAGGAAGAAGAGGAGGAAGAAGCUGAUGUAAAUAAUGUUUUCUGUCAACUUGAACAAUUGCCAGAUUGCAGACCAAAUAGUAAAUACAAGGGAAAUGACAGCAAGGUGAGCCAUUCAACUAAAGGAUCUCCAAUCUCUCAGGAUAAAAUGAAAUUAUUUACUUCAAAGAAAACCCUAGACUCAAUGAGGAAAGUUAAUGUUGAAAUGAAAUUUAGCUGUGAUGCCAAUGGUAUAUCAUGUAAAAAAAAUCCAACAUCAAAAAGACAUGCGAGAACCCUAGCAGAACAUGAACAUCUCUGUAAAUUGUGUGGCCACACAUUUAAAAACAGAAGAAACUUAGACACACACAUGAGAAUCCACACAGGAGAGAAACCUUUCAGUUGUGAUCUUUGUGGAUACAGAUGUAGCCAGAAAUCAAGUUUAAAUGUACACAUGAGAAUCCACACAGAGGAUAAACCUUUAAGUUGUGAUCUUUGCGAAUACCGAUGUAGUGUAAAAUCAAGUUUAAAUAGACACAUGAGAACCCACACAGGUGAGAAACCUUUCAGUUGUGAUCUUUGUGGAUACAGAUGUAGCCAGAAAUCAAGUUUAAAUGUACACAUGAGAAUCCACACAGAGGAUAAACCUUUCAGGUGUGAUCUUUGUGAAUACAGAUGUAGUGUAAAAUCAAGUUUAAAUAGACACAUGAGAACCCACACAGGUGAGAAACCUUUCAGUUGUGAUCUUUGUGGAUACAGAUGUAGUGUAAAAUCAAGUUUAAACAAACACAUGAGAAUCCACACAGGGGAUAAACCUUUCAGUUGUGAUCUUUGUGGAUACAGAUGUAGUGUAAAAUCAAGUUUAAACAAACACAUGAGAACCCACACUGGAGAAAAACCUUUCAGUUGUGAACUUUGUGGUUAUCAAUGUAGUCAGAAAUCACAUUUAAACAAGCACAUGAGAAUCCACUAAAGAUAAACAUUCUAGUUGUGAUAUUUUAGGCACAGGAAAUGAGGAUCAUAUUUUAAAUGGAAGACUCUAAAGAAAAAUAUUCUUCUGUUGUGUGUUGAAGUCUAUGAAACAAUAAAAAGAGUGGAAAUUGAUUUUGAAAUGGCA